AUGGAAGCCCUAACGGAGCAACAAAUUGCCGACUACAAAGAAGCCUUUUCGGUCUACGACGAAGCCCUCACUGGCAAGAUUCCAAUCACCGACAUCGGCAACGUGGCCAGGUGUCUGGGUUUCAACCCAAGCGAGGCGCAAAUCCAGGAAAUAAUCGAGGAGGACGAGGAAAGAACCCAAAUCGACUUCGAACAGUUUUUGGAUAUAAUGCGGACCAAAUUUGAUUACGAGGAGUCGGAUGAGGAGUUACGUGAUGCUUUGCAAGUCCUUGAUGUAAAUGGUAACGGUUUUAUGCUGGCUGAGGAGCUGAAACAUCUUAUGACAAAUUUAGGGGAAAAACUGACUGAGGAGGAGGUCGACACGGUGAUCAAAGAGACUGACAUUAACGGAGAUGGUGAAAUCGAUCACGAGGAGUUCAUCGCCAUUUUGAUGGGCAACUAUUUCCAAUAAAUUGUUAUUAACAGUUA